AAAAAAAAACAAAUACUUUUAUUUUGUUAUAAUGAAUAAUAAUUAUUAUUUAAAAUAUAAAUUCUCUCUAUAUAUGUCUUAUAUAUUAAUAUUAAAAAAGUUUAUAUAUUAUUUAAUUGUUUUUUUUAGGUGAACCACGUAUGGGUAAUAUGAUUCAUGCAACUGUACAUGAAAAUGAAUAUCAAGUAACUAUACAAACAGUAUUUCGUAAACCAGAAAAUCUUUCACAAUCACCAUUUUUUAUUAAUGAAACAAAUGAAUAUUAUCCAAUAAAUAUUCAACGUUUAAUAAAAGAAAAAGCUGAUGUUAAUAUUAAAAAUAAAGAAGGUUAUACGAUUCUACAAUUGGCUAUAUGUAAUGGAUAUUAUAAAUGUUUAGAAACACUUAUUAUAGAUGGAAAAGCUAAAUUAGAUAAAAAAAAGGACCGUAAUACAGCAUUACAUGAAUGUUGUUUAUUAGGACUUGAUGGUGCUGAGCCAUUAAGAAUUCUUCUCAAACAUGGAGGUGAUGCAUCUUGGUUAAAUGAUAAAAAUGAAAGUGUUAUUGAUAUAGCAGCAAAACAAAAUUGUCCAGAAUUAUUACAAGCUUUUUCUAAAUAUCAAAGUGAAAAAAUGCUUAAACAACAUAUGAAAAAUUCUUAUGAUGAUCAUACAAGAAUAAAAACUGUUCAUGAUCAUCAUUCAUCAGAAAAAUUAUAA